AUGUAAAAAAUUGAUCAACUUCAUAAAUACAAUAUUGAUUUAGACUUAGAACUCAGAGCUGUACAAAAUUAUGAUUUUGAACAAGAAUAUUUAGAUCAUUGUUUAAGAGAUACUCAUAGAUAAUUAUCAAUCAAUAAUAAUCAUCAUAUUCAUAGUCAAACAAAAAGUGAAAAAAGUAACGAUGGCUAUGAUUUCAGAACACCAAAAGUAUCAUCACAAACAAAUCUCAAUAAUAUUGUAACAUCUGAAGUUUAAUAAAAUCAUACAAUUACUCUUAAAUAUGUAAAUUAAGAAAAACCAAUUAGCACAGGUUCUAGUAUAAUGCAAUUUUUUUUUAUAAGACGUUUUUUAGAAAAACUCACCUUCCAAAGAAAAAGAUUGUAGAAUUUAAACAUCACUCAUUUAAAUCUUAUUGAUGAUAAAGCUUCAGAUAAGUAAUGAUAUUCUAAUAAUUCUGUAGAGCUAGUUUGUUAGCUUAUAAAUAAACAAAAAUAUAAAAAGGACUUACAAUCAAUUAGUUAAAUAGAAUUGUGUAAACAAAAAUAGAAAUUAAAGAAAGGAAAUGGGAAAAUGUUAAAAGAAAUUUAUAAGAGAGUAAAUAAAAAAUUAUAAGACAAAUAACAAAUAUUGCUAAUAAAAUACCACUAGUAUAACCAGAAAAUGAUUUCAAACUUUAUUGGGAUAUUUUUGCUUCAUUAUUUAGAGUGAUAUUAGUUAUUCUAGUUCCUUUAGAAAUUUCAUUCCAUACUUAGAUUCUAUUUUAGAAUUAUGUAGGAUUAACAUUAACUAUACUAUUUAUAUUACAAUUAGAUUUAUUUAUCAGAAUUAAUACUCUAUGUUAUGAAAAUGGAAAGGCUAUAACAGAUCGUUGGGAAAUUAUAAUUCGUUAAGUAAGUAAAUCUUGGUUUACAGAUUUUUCAUUAAUAAUAAUAAUAGUAGUAUUUAUAUUCAAUUCAAAUGCUUAAGAUGGUUAUGAUUUGUUUUUACUCAUUUUGUUAACACAAUAUAAACAUAUUUUUGAAGCUCUAUCAAAAACAGAUUAGAUCUCUUAUUUCACUAGACCUUAAAGAGGAAUAAUAGGAUUAAUCAAAUUUAUAACUAGUUUAUUUUAUAUAAUGCAUAUAUUUAGUUGUAUAUGGUUUUGGUUCAGUAGUAUUGAUAAAUCUAAUUCAUGGAUUGUAACAAAAGAAUUAGAUGGAUAGACUUGGUAAUUAUAAUAUCUAGAAUCAAUUUACUUUGCAAUAGUAACUAUGUUGACAAUAGGUUAUGGAGACAAUGUUCCUAAAAAUUCAAUAGAGAAAAUAGUUACAAUAAUAUUUAUAUUGGGUGCUUGUAAAUUAUUCAAAUUAAAUUAUAAGGUUUAUGGUUCUCUUACAGUGUAAAUUUUAUUGGUACAAUUAUGAAUGACAUCACACAGAAUUAAGUAGAGAGGAGUUAAAAGAUGAGAGUCAUCAAUAAAUAUAUGACAUAAAGACAGAUCCCAUUUAGUCUUUAACAUCAGUAUUUUUGCCAAUAAUAAUCAAAUUAGAGUUAAAGAAUAUCUAUAGUAUAGAUGGAAAGAAGAUGAUGAAGUUGAUUUGUAAAUGGAGUAGAUCUUAUUAGAAUAAUUAUCUGAUGAAUUAAAGGAAGAACUAGAGAAACAAGCAUAUAAAGUCUUUAUCCAAAAAUCAGAAUUAUUGUAAAAACAAUUUUCCUUAGAAUUUAGAAAUGCUUUAUUUAAAUCAAUUAAACGUAAGAUUAUAUAACCAUAACAUACUUUUUAAAGUGAAAUCAAUGGAUAAUAACAUCUUUGUUUUGUAGAAUAAGGGGUUUUACUAUAUUAACAUAAAGAUAGAAAACAAAGAUCUAAAAUGAAUGCUACUGUUCAUUAAGGAUAAUUCUUUUGUGUAAAAGAAUUUCUUAUGCAAACUCCAGAAUAUGAAAUUUUCAAAGCUCAAAGUUAUGUCAGUUUGCUUGUAUUAUCAAAAUAAGAUUUCUUAGAAACAUUAAAAGAUUUUCCAGAUGAUUUAUAAAAAUACUGCUAAUUAAAAGAUUCAUAUUCAUAAGAAAAUGAAGGCUGUUAAAUAUAAUUCAGUAGUUUCUGUCCUGCUUGUAAUAAUUUUGAUCAUUCUUUAAGGAAUUGUUGUUAAAUAUAAUUGAUUCUAAAUAAAGAAGUUAUAAUUAAAAAACAUUAAAUGAGUCAAGAAUCAUAAAGAGAAGUUUAUUCACGUAAAACUUCUGAUAAACCAAUUUAAACUAGAGCAGAAUUAACAUAUGUUUAAGAAUGUGCACUCUACUUUUAAACAGAAAAUCAAGGUUUAAUUAAUGAAUAAUUAAAAUUGUAAAUAGUAUAAGAAUAAGAAAUAGAAUCUUAUUAAGGAAACUCAGAAACACAUAAUAUUUAUGAUCCUAUUCCUUCUGUCAAUAUCUUUUAGAUUAAUGAAAUGUUAUAAAGUACCCAUAAACCUAUAUAAAAUAAAACAUUUCCAAAAGUAGAAUAAGAAGAGGAAAAGUAAAAAGAGAAAAAUGAAAAUUAGAAAACAAAUGUAUUAUUAACUUAAAGUUAAAGAAUGAAUAGAAAGGGAUCUUUAUUUUAAAAAUAACUUUAAAGAAAAAAUACUAAAUCCCCUUCAAUAUUAUUCUCAAUGAAUGAAAUUGCUGAAGAAGUUAAUGAAACUACAUUUAUUAUUCAUGAAAGUGAUUAUAUCAAAAAUACUAACAACUUUAAUUUUUAUAUGAAAGAGAAUAUUAGAUCUCUUUAUACUAAGUUAUAAAGAUUAUCAGAUGAUAAAUCUACUACUAUUAAUGAGGCUUUAAAUUCACUCUAAUAUAUUUAUUGGAAGUAUAAUUCUAUUACUCUUGAGGGUUUUGAAUCCUUAUUUAAUUAUGAUUAUUAUUUUCCAGAAUCAAAUUCCAUUAACACAAUAGAAAUGGCUAAUAAAAAUUAACAUGCUUGGCAAAAAGAAAUCCUAAGCAAAUUUUCAAAAUAUUUAUUUUAUCCUUAUUUAUUUAUAAAUAAAUUCUUAAAACUUAAAAGAAUUUAAUAUUAAUCUGCUGCUAUAAAUGCAGCUACCAAAUUCAAAAAUGCUCAAAAAAAAAUUUGGCUAAUUUAAUUAAGAAAUAAUUUAUCUUCAAAAAAAUUGAUAUCAUCUUCUAAAAAUAUUAAAUUAACUAAAUCAAAGAUGAAUUCAAUUGUUCCAUAUCCUGGAGAUAGUAUGCAAUCUAUUUAAAUUAGCUAAAGUUGA